GAGCAAACAACAGGUCAGCUAAAGCCUGUCGCAUAUAUAAGUCGAUCUCUGACACCUACUGAAGCGCGAUAUUCGCAGAUUGAACGCGAGGCACUGGCAUGUGUUUGGACGGCUGAAAGAUUUCAUAAUUAUGUUUUUGGUACUGAAUUUACGUUGCUCACUGACAACAAACCAUUAGUCAGUUUGCUUUCCUUAGAUUGUAAAAAGAUGUUGCCCCCACAAAUUCAACGUUUGGUGUGGAGGUUGCAUCAAUAUAAGUAUAAGAUAAAACAUAUUGAAGGUAAAAUUAAUAUUGCCGACUCUUUCUCAAGGUUGCCUUUAAAUGAAUUAGAUGAAACUAGUUCGGUUAACGUUGCAGAUGAGUAUGUCAAAUUUGUGGUUGAAAAUGAUGUGCCUGACAAUUGUGCGUUGUCGUUAUCAGAGGUGAAAGAGGAAACGACAAAAGAUAAAAUUUUGACUAAAAUUAUGAAUUUGGUUCAUGUGGGUGCAUGGCCAGCUGAUGCUGAUAUUAAACCUUUUGAAAAGUUUCGGGAAGAGUUUUCGGUUUUCGAAGGUAUUUUAUUGCGUGGAAAUCGUAUUGUCGUUCCAACUUCUCUUAAGAAGCGGAUUUUGAAACUUGCUCAUGAAAGUCAUGUUGGUAUAGUGCGAACUAAGCAGUUGUUAAGGUCAACAUUUUUUUGGAUAGGUAUGGAUAGGGAUAUCAAGUCUACGAUUAAAGACUGCCCAGCAUGCGCUGCAAGUAGACCGUUAAAUAAUAAUACACCCUUGCAGCCGAUGCAGUUACCCAAAGCGCUGUGGUUAAAAGGUGUGGUUGAUAUCGUAGGUCCGAUAGAUAAUAAGUACUUAGUAACCUAUAUCGACUAUUACUCUUCUUUUCCUGAAGUGGCCAUUACCCGAGAAAAAGUAUUGUUAAAAUUUUGAUGAAUAUAUUUGCUAGGCAUGGUUAUCCUGAGGAAAUUGUCUCAGAUAAUGGACCACAAUUUAUCAGUCAGGAAUUUAGGCGUUUCUUGAGCUCUAAAGGAAUUAAGCAUGUACGUAGUUCGCCUUAUUUCCCAAGAAGUAACAGGAAAAUCGAACGGUUUCACAGGUAUUUCAAAAAGAAUUUUCAAGCUGUUACUCUUGAGGGUAGAUCCUGGGAGGAGGAACUCCCUAAAAUUUUGAUGUAAUACAGGAGUAUUCCUCAUCCCAUGACAGGAAAAACUCCGGCAAGUUUGCUUUUUCAUAGGGAGAUACGUACAGAGCUUCCGUCAAUUGAGUUGAAUGUUGAUGUGAGCUCAAGCAAUGUAGAGGGAGAUGCACAAUCGUAUCAAAAGCAAAUGAAGUCUUAUCACGAUCGUAAACAACGUGCAAAAGCGCACUCGUUUGUGGUUGGUGAUAUGGUGUAUCUUGCUAGGAGUAAGUGUGAUAGUAAUAGUAAGCUCAAAUCUAAAUUUGACAAUAUUAAGUAUGUGAUUAUAGACUUUGUAGGAACAGAUACUUGCAAGGUAGUUAAUACAUUAGACGGGAAAACAUAUAUUAGAAAUGUAAAGUUUCUGACUCGUGCUCCGAUUGCGGAACGGGCAUUAAUAUUCGAUGACAUGUUAGAUAAUAAAGAGGUUAAACCUAAAUCUAACAAUGGGGUAGAAACAGAUAAUUCUGCAAAAGAUACUGUAAUAAGAACGAGAUCAGGACGUGUAUCAAAGUCCACAAGAUCUAAGGACUUUGUCUAUUAUUGA